AUGCAAGCCAUAAAAGUGUAUGGCAUUUCUGAAUGCAUCCAGGCUAAAACAUUGACAGAGUGUGAACAGUUUAGAAUUCAAUAUCUCGAGUUAUUCAAUGUUGUUUCAUAUUGUUCCAUAUUAAUAAUCAACCGUGAUGACAACACACCGGUAGUCAGUCACAACAACAAAAACCAAUUCAGGUACGUUCUGUAUCACGCUCAACACAGCAACCACAACGACCGCAACAACCACAACGACCACAACUUGUUCAACGAUGACACCAACACUACACGACUUCAGCAUCACCAGCCACAAAAACAGCCACUGCAAUAUCAAUUCCUUCAGCAGCAACAACUUCAACAACCUUCACAAAAUUGGCAACGACGUAAUCAGCGAUUCAUAAACAGACUAUGUUGUUGUUUAAAAUGUUGCCAACACGGUGAAAAUUUUCCAACUAAAAUGGCUUCAACCUUAUCAACAAAUUGCAACAAAACGAACAAUAAUUUUCCUUUUAUGGCACCGUCUGAUGAUCACGAGAUAACGCUAUUUUUAAGCUGUAACGACAACAACAUCAACACUAGCAUCAACAAAAACAUCAAGAACAACUUCAACAACUGCAACAGCAACAAUGUUGCAGAUGACACCACGCCCAGGGAAAUAUCUUUUCAACAUUUCACGGUCGAUAAUGAUGAUGAUUCUUAUUGCCAGGGGCACAGCGAGGAUGGUGGUCAUGAUUAUGAUGCUGGGAGAAACCUGAUGGGCUUGAGAAGUUUUCGAGGAGGGUAUCAAAAGUGUGAGAUGUGUAGCACUGAGACAAAUGAACAGCGCGGAAACAUCUUAAUCUGUAACAAAUACAAAAUCAAUUGCGGCGAAUGCCAGGCUUUCUGCAACAACAACAACAACAAUAAUAAUAAUGACGACAUAAGCAUCUGCAACAAAAACAACUGCAACGAUAGCAACAUUGACGAUAAUGACGUCAUCUGUAACAACAAAAGAAGCAUAAUAAGCAGUUUCAAACCGGGCACUGCAAAAAGCGAUUGUAGUUUAAACGAGACAAACAUCAACAACUUUUGUAGUAGCACGUGCAUCAGAUGCAAGCAUGAAAACUACAAGCACAACAUUGUUGACAACAAUGUUGACAACAUCGAAGAAUGCAAAGACAUUGUUCUCAGGAAUACUAACUGCUUGCCUGAGAUAUUGUACGAUCACAAUAAACAUUUGAAAUCACUGCAACGUGAUAAAAUUAUCAACACUUUCAACAGCCCAUCUAACGUCUGCAAUAACAACAUUACCAACAACAACAGCAAUAGCAUCAACAACAACAACAUCUCUAAUUUUAAUGCCAUCAACAUCAGUUCAAACAUCACUUGCUCAAGUUCUCCAUUCAGCAGCAACAGCAACAGCGGUUGUAGUAGUUGUUGUUACAUAUGUUCUCAUGCAUAUACCACACCAUCAAUUACAGCAACAACGCUAACAACAACAAAUAAAAUUUUCAGCAACGUAAUUAAAAUUAAUAUCGCUAACAAUGUUUGUACAAGCAAAAACAACACUAUAGAAAACGGCAUUCCCAUGAACAACGACAACAUAAGAAACAUGAACAUUUAUUCCCUAACUAACAAAACAAUCUCCUCCCCAUCAUCACAAACAACAACAACAACAACAACAUUUUCUUCUGAACCGCUACAUCUUCUGACGUCACCUCUUCCCACACGACAUCCAUCAAACCCAACAGAUCCAGGAAACGUGGAGAUGUGCUGCUAUUCCAAAUUCGAUAUCGGAUCUCGAUAUUCGAACCGUCUCGACACGACCACUGGAUCGCUUGUAUCUCGGUACUUGGAUGAUAGCACGGGUGCUUUAGAGUUUCAAGAUGUAAAUGCUGUGUGUCAGUGUGCAGAUGAUGAUAAGGCUGAUGAUGACAGCGUUGGUGAUGAUGGUGAUGAUGACCGUGCCAAAAGUAACGAGAACGUGGACAAUGGCAUUAAAAAUGGUUUCAGAAUUAAUCGAAAAAAAGCUGAACAAAAACCAAAAUCAUCCAAAAACAUAGUCACCACCAGCAGCAGCAAUAACAAAAGCAAUAACAGCAGCGACCACACCAGCCACAGCAGCAAGAUACGUUUCAAAACGCUGCUUGAAUCAUUCACGUCCAGGUUUACAAAAUUUCACAAAUCGCCAUCCAUCGACACUUUCAACAAAUUCAUACGCAGAGACGACGACCUAGCAGAGAGUUCAACAAUCCUUCAAAAUCCCCAAACAUCUGGCGAGUGCUGCAAAAAUAAAAACGUUGAAUGUGGUCGGAGGUGUGGUGGCAGCUGUAGCAGCGGCAGGGCUGGUAGCAGCCGGUACAGCUCCUUAAAAAUGAGAAGUGACUAUGCACCUCUGUGUGAGGCUUGCUUCGUUAAGAACUACGACGCUUUCCAGUUUGACGAGGUCUCGAAAGGAAAAAUUAAAACUGGCGUCUAG